AGUUCGACGUCGGCACUGAAAUGUGGUGGUUUCAGCAAGGCCUCUCUUUCUUGCCUGUGGCUUUAGUUGUUUGGUCAGCUGCAUCUUUUGUGUUUUCAUACAUCACGGCAAUCGUCCUACACCACGUCGACCCCUUGGUGCCCUACAUCAGUGAUACAGGGACAAUACCUCCUGAAAGAUGCUUAUUUGGGAUCAUGUUAAAUAUUUCGGCUUUCUUGGGUGUGGCUACCAUGUACGUCCGUUAUAAGCAAGUUUAUGCUUUGAAUCCAGAAAAAUCCAAGAUCAUCAAGCUUAAUAAGAUUGGCCUCACACUAGGAUUGAUGAGCUGUUUUGGACUUUGCAUUAUCGCAAAUUUCCAGAAAUGUAUCCUGUACUACAUACACGUGGUUGGAGCCUGCCUGACCUUCGGAGUAGGAGCCGUGUAUAUGCUGGUUCAGACUGUCCUGUCCUACCUGAUGCAGCCAGAAGUUCACAGCAAAGACAUCUUCUGGAUCCGCCUGACCGUGUUGCUCUGGUGUUGUUCAAGCAUUGUGAGCAGUAUCCUUUCGCUGUGCCGCGGCGCCGUGGAACAGGGCAGCCUUCACAACUGA